UGCGCGGUAGCUUCGUCUUUUGUCGUCCGUGCUGUACGCAACACGAAGUUGGAGUUGAAGGCGUGUGUGGUGUGGAUUGAGAAAUAUCUUUCUUGGGUGCACGUGUGUUAUUGGCCGGUUCAUCAAAAUCUAUGAAGAGGAAACAGGUUAAGGGUUAUACGCACGGCUUUUUAUGUUGUCGAUCUACGGUCUGUGUCACGUCCCGUUCUCAUCGCCGUGGCACCCAUGCAAGGAGGUGAAGGGGAAGUUAUGUGGGACAGUAAUUUCAUCUACCUCCGCCAGAAUCGCUAGUGUACCGGCGGCGAGAAGUCAGGUCGAUCCAGUGCCGGUCGGAAGCAUUCAGUAACGAGAUGGUCGUGAGUGAUGAGUUGUGCAGUGUUGGCAGCACUAUCAGCUUGUGACGGACAUGUUGGUGUUACGUUUAUAAUUAGUUUUUGUGUGUUACAUUGUGUUAAUGAGUGUAAUAGUUUAGUCUGAAUCGAUUAAUUUGAAAUAAAUUCCUGGAUUAAGCAGUUUCUAGAACACACGCUUUGCUAAAAGGUCCGGAGAAAAGCUGCCACAUCGCAUAAUUACAGACCGGCGCCAUUGAGGAGACGCAGAGCUAACAAGCGACGAUUUGCGCGAGGGACUUCGCAUUCUGCCAAAGAUCCGACCACGAUGGGCAGCUGACCCCGCACAGAGCCGGACUCUGUGUUUUAGUUUACGUCCGCGCCGCCCCAGAGUGACGAUGGCUCUGCUCCUGCGUCGACGGUCCCUCCUCCUGAAGAUUGUGCUGCUGAUUUUCACCGCCUGGUUCACUGUCGCCUUCCUGCUGUACAUGGAGCAGCGGGGGUCUCCCGCGGACAGUAACGCCGUCGUCAGACCUGGUGACUCGAACGUCGACCCUGCGUUACCUCAUCCCGCUGCGCUGUCGAAGAAGAUACCGGACUCCAGUUCUGAAAAGGGACUCCCGGCGGUAGUGCCUUCCGGUAAUCAAAACGCGGCCCCAGAGGUGGACGCUGGUCCUGAGGAGGGGGUGGGGGGAGUGUUGGUCCCUCCCAGGGACCCUGACGAGGACUCGAGCAGUGUGAAGUACGGCGAGAUGGGUAAACCAGUGGUACUGCCAACCAACAUGUCGGCGGAUGUGAAGAAGCUAGUAGACGAAGGCUGGCAAAAGAAUGCCUUCAACCAGUACGUCAGCGACCUCAUAUCAGUCCGCCGGAAGUUGCCCGACCCGAGGGAUCAGUGGUGCAAGGAGCCGAGCCGGUACCUGGAAAAUCUUCCAGCCACUGCCGUCGUCAUCUGUUUUCACAAUGAAGCAUGGUCGGUGCUUCUCAGGACGGUACACUCGGUGAUAGACCGUUCACCGCCCCACCUGCUCAAGGAAGUCAUCCUUGUGGACGAUUACUCCGACAUGCCCCAUACGAAGCGUCAGUUGGAAGACUACAUGGUGAUGUACCCCAAGGUGAAGAUUGUCAGAGCCACGAAACGCGAGGGGCUCAUUAGGGCGCGUCUGUUGGGUGCCAGGCACGCCACGGCGCCCGUUCUCACCUACCUCGACUCACACUGCGAGUGCACCACUGGGUGGCUUGAGCCCUUGCUUGAUCGCAUAGCACGUGAUCCAACUACAGUCGUGUGUCCCGUGAUAGACGUUAUUGAUGACACGUCCCUGGAGUACCACUGGAGAGACUCAGGAGGUGUGAAUGUGGGCGGGUUCGACUGGAACCUGCAGUUCAACUGGCAUGCAGUCCCAGAGCGAGAACGUAAGAAGCACAAGAACUCUGCAGAACCAGUCUGGAGUCCCACGAUGGCUGGAGGACUGUUCAGCAUUGACAAGGCUUUCUUUGAGAAGCUCGGCACAUAUGACAGUGGGUUCGACAUUUGGGGAGGUGAAAACUUGGAGCUGUCUUUCAAGACGUGGAUGUGUGGUGGCACAUUGGAGAUUGUCCCAUGUUCUCAUGUAGGGCACAUCUUCAGGAAGCGGUCUCCCUACAAGUGGCGAUCUGGUGUUAAUGUACUUAAGAGGAAUUCUGUAAGGCUGGCAGAAGUAUGGCUGGAUGAUUAUGCAAAAUACUAUUACCAGCGCAUUGGUAAUGAUCUGGGAGACUUUGGUGAUGUGUCAUCUCGUAGGGAGCUGAGGGAGAAGCUUGGAUGCAAGUCAUUCAAGUGGUACCUUGAUAACAUCUACCCAGAACUCUUUAUCCCAGGAGAAGCAGUUGCAUAUGGCGAGGUUCGAAACCUUGGACUGGAAGGCAAGACAUGUCUAGAUUCUCCUGCUCGUAAAGCCGACCUGCACAAGGCAGCUGGUCUGUACCCCUGCCACAAUCAGGGUGGGAAUCAGUACUGGAUGAUGAGCAAAGCAGGUGAAAUCAGAAGAGACGAGACAUGCCUGGACUAUGCUGGUCAGGAUGUUAUCUUGUAUCCCUGCCAUGGCUCCAAGGGAAACCAGUACUGGCAUUACAAUCCUGAAACACGUCUGAUACAGCACGGCAGCAGCAAGAAGUGCCUAGCGAUCAGCUCCAAUAAGCAGAAGCUCCUGAUGGAGGAGUGUGACAACAGCAACCAACAGCAGCAGUGGAAGUUCCAGAACUACAAUCCGUCCAAACUGUAGACCCACCAGCUGAUGGUAUCAGCUCAUAUCAUUUGAAGUUUUGUGCCAUCAGUUUAGUUCCUGGCUGAAGAGUCGUCUGUCAGCAAGGUAACUGAACAAUUCUGCUCCAGUCAGUGCCAAUCGUUUAGCCCCUUGAAGACAGAAGCUGUCAUCUGACGACUCAUCGCAAGCCGCAGUUAUAUUCACGUCAGAACAGUGUUGCCAAGUGGUGCAUCAAUAAUAAGAAACUGUUUCUCAGUGAAUGACACCAGGAAGUUUGAUUUGACAACUGUGUUAUCUAGGAAUGGUUGUCCAUUUACAAAAUCAUUGCUCAUAAUAUUAAAAUUGAACUUGGAAGAAAUUAAUAUGUCUUUGCCAAGAACAUUGUACAGGAACUGAGAUUCAGUGGAUUCAAAUUCUUAAGCAAAUGGUGGGACCCGAUUCAACAUUCUAAAUCAGUUCACAUAAAACUGUGUGUGGGUUUGGUCUUGCCUCGUCCUGAUAUUUUGUCUUUCACUGUGCACAGAGCAUGAGUUAAUAUACAGUUGUCACAGAAAUUUCUACAAUCUGGAACAUUGAUAGUGACACUCUAUCCAUGAAAUGUUGACUUUUUAUUUAGACUUGUGAAGUUACUUAAUAGUCUUCUCGUGUUUGAGAAAGUCAGUGUUGUUGACAUUUUUCUAGAAUUCAAUACAAAUAAUCCUCUUGAACUUAUAAAAAUGGCCUAAGGCAUUCAAAGGAUUGGAAAUUUCAGAUUUCAAGGUAUUACGGGUCCCAUACGAGGAUGGUUUUCUAGGUGCUGAAUGUGAAAGAUGCUGUUGGCCAGCUGAUAUUCUUAUUAAUGGAAGAUGUAUUCAGAUUAGGAUGCUGUAAACAGUGUUAUUUAUUAUUAACAGGUGGAUGAAUUGAUGAAAGUGAAGAUGGCAGUGGUUUUUCCACCCAACAUAUCAUAGUGCAUGAGAAGAUCUGUGAUUAUGUGACAAAAAACAGAAACAGUGCAGUUGUAUAUCUUCAUUUGUUACAAUUGGUGAUGGUUGGUUUGUUGCGGAGUGUGUGGGAACAUAUCAAGAAGAGAAAAUGUGUAUACGGAUGCCAGAAACAGACAGUGGAAUAGUCUUUAUAAAAGAGAAUCUAAUUAUGCACCUUAAACACUGCUACCACCUCUAAAAUUAUCCCUGUUACUGGCAUUUAAAAUAUAAUUUUUUUGGGUGGUUGA